GAAACAGCUGUCACAGUUGUGAUCUUUCGUCUACGGAAUCAAUUUAGUUUCGAUUCGCCUUGAUUUUUGUACAAAAAAAGUUCUUUUAUUCGGAUGAUGAUAGCAAAAAACGUAGCUGUCGAUCAUAGCUCGCGUGUGGCUGACACAAAAGUGAAUUAAAUACCGCCACUAAUAUGACCACUUCAGAAUUGGAUAGCCGCAACAUUGCAAUUUCGAUGAGAAAAUCUGUGGAGAAUCUAGUGAUAUCCUCACAGGAUGCUAUAGGACAAAGUAUCAGCCAAGCUCUCACCUUCUCAGGAGUUAUCACACAGCACAGCAACCAGAUCUUACAAGAAAAUAGGAGCGUGUCGCGGUCCCCAUCGCCAUCUUUACGAACAGCUGACGGCUUGGACUUGAUUGAAAAUGACAAGCAGAGUGCGGAGUCAAUAUAUGUGCCGACCACCGCGAGUGCUGGUGGAGGUGGUGACUCCUCGUCCGUCUCCAGCACCGAGCCUGCCACCGUACUCGCGUCACCGAACGCCGCCUCCGUCAAGAGCGACAACCCAAAGGUACAGGUGACCUCACCAAACGCGGCCCGCGUCGACGGCACCCGCAAGAAGAAAAGCUGGUACAACGCACUCUACCCCACGUACAAGAGUAAAUCGGAUGAUUUCAAACGGAUCUUCAAGGACCUGCCUGAUGACGAGAGGCUCAUUGUAGACUACUCGUGCGCGCUGCAGAAGGACAUCCUGAUGCACGGGCGGCUGUACGCGUCGCAGAACUACCUGUGCUUCUACGCGAGCAUCUUCGGCUGGGAGACGUCGCUCUCGCUGCGCUGGAAGGACGUCACCGCCAUCACCAAGGAGAAGACCGCGCUGGUUAUCCCGAACGCAAUAUUGGUGUGCACCGAGACCGAGAAGAACUUCCUCACAUCGUUCUCCGGUCGUGACAAGGCCUACCUGAUGCUGUUCAGGGUGUGGCAGAACGCGCUCAUGGAUCAGCCGAUGAGCAGCCAGGAGAUUUGGCAGUGGGUACACAGCUGCUACGGCGAGGAGCUGGGGUUCAAUUCCGACGACGAAGGCUACGCACGAGACUUCUUAGAGGACACGCCGGCGUUACCAGACGCCGUCUCCGAGGUAGACUUGGUGGACUCGUCGCUAAUGGACACGAGCGGCAGCGGCGUGGGAGGCGGCGACGGGAGCGGAGGCGGCAGCGGGGGCGGGGGGGUCGAAGAGCGCAGCUCUCGUGCCCCAUCCCACAACAGGGACUCCUCACCGCCAUUAGUAACAAAUGGGUCGGCGCGGUAUCGCGACGAGCGGCCGGCGCUGCCCACAGACCUGUCUGACACCAGCGACAGCGAGCCUGACAAGCCGCACAGCAGCGGUGAAUCGGAGAAGUGCACAGCGUCCCACGAGGGCAAGGUGAUAAUGCAGCAGGAGUUCCCAUUCAACAUAGACCAGAUGUUCACCAUGAUCUUCACCAACUCCAAGUUCACCGUCGAGCUGCUCGCCGCCAGGAACACCACGGAUUAUGUUCAGGCGCAGUGGCAGGUGCAGGCGGGCCGCAAGUGUCGGCAGUGCAAGUACACGCUCGCACUCACCACGGGGCCCAUCGGCCCCAAGGAGGUGCAAGUUACCGAGACACAGGUGAUGAACAAGUGUUCAAAGCCUGGCGUUCUGUACUCGAUCGACGCGGAGAGCGAGAAUGCAGGCAUCCCCUACGCGGACUACUUCACCGUGAACGUGCACUAUUGCCUGCAACGGGCCGGCCGCCGCGCCGCCCGCCUCAGCGUCUACGGACACCUGCGCUACAAGAAGACCAUGUGGCCCAUGAUCAAAGGGUUCAUCGAGAAGAACGCGAUAUCAGGGCUGGAGGAGUACUUCCGGCUGCUGCAGGCGCGCCUGGCGGCCGAGGCGGCCGGCGCCGCGCCGCUCGCACGCAAGGGCCGCCCGCCGCGCCGCACGCUCGCGUCGUCCCAGGACCCGACGUCGGUGCCGGCGGCGGCGGCCGGCGCGCUGCCCGCGCCGCCGCUCGGCGCCGCGCCGUCCCCGGCGGCGGCCGACGGCGCGGCGGCGGCCGGCUGGUGGCGCGGCACGGCCGGCUGGCUGCUGGCCACGCUGCUGGUGCUGCUGGCCAUCAACGCGCUGCUCUACUGGCGGCUCUACUGGCAGCCGCCGGCCGCCCUCGACUUUGAUCUGCUGCAGGACAGGAUGAGCACGCUGAGCGGGUCGCAGGUGGCGGAGUGGUCGCGGCUGCUGCAGCAGCACUCGCUGCGGCAGCGCGGACAGCUGCUCGCCUGGCGGGACGCGCUGCACCGCACCGUCACGCAUCUAGCGCAGACGGAACAAGCGUUGAAAAACUUGUUGGAGACUAUCAAACCGUCGCUGGAGCGCGCGCAGCAGCAGGCCGAGCAGGCGCGGGACGAGCUGUGAACUGUCGCGGCCGCCGCCAGCCGCCAGCCGCCAGCCGCCAGCAGCCAGCCGCCAGCACCAGCACACGGGCCGGUCGCCGCUCCCUGCGACCUCACACGUUCGUUUCACUCACAGAACUUUCAUUCAAAUCAACUUUAUUAUGAGCCUUUUUUAGUAAUUGUGGCACAGAAGAACGGGCGUGAAACUCGGCUGUUGCAUUUUUCAAACGUAAGUUGAGUUUAGUAUUACAAUAAAGAAUUUUCAGUUAGCUCCAAGCUCUAAGUUAAGGUUCACCGUAGCAAAGGAAAACUUCUAAAAAAAUUACUCGAACGAAACAAGUUUUAGAGCCGAUUAGUGAAUUUUUACUUUUUUUUUUUCUAUAAUUUUUUAUUAUGAAUUUCGUACAAGUAGACACUGUAUCCAGGAUUCUGCAUUUUAUAUAAAAUAAAUUAACUACAUAUUAGGUUGAUAGCAGGUUAGCCUAAUUUCUGGACUAUUCGAGUCCCUGUUUUAUUCGUUUUGGCCCGAAUACCUGAUACUGAGUUGGCAACACUGAACAUUUAUUUGUACUCGCCGUUCGGUUCGCGAUAUUAAACCGCCGCGUGGAGCUGUGACACGGAUCAAGUGCGUUUUUGAAUUUAAGAUGUUUAUCAUAAAUGUCUGAUAGAGGUUUUCACGUGAGAAUAUUUGAUACUUUCAAUGUGUGUGAAAUAAUUUAAUUUUUUUUUAGACUAAGUGCGAGCGAUUUUAUAUUUUUAAAUAAAAUUCACGCUGGCGUUCUUGUAGUUUUGGUCAGUUUGUAAUGACCACUGUCUCUUGUGAGUAGGGUGACCAUUCUAAUAAUUUGAAGUACUAACAAAAAUCCGGAUAUUUAAAAGAGAUUAGAGAGAGAGACCAGAGGGAGACUUUGUACAAAAGUCGAUUACUUGAGUGCCUCUGUCCCAUUCGUGUUUCAAUCGUAAAGCAGUUGUGUUUGCAUGGCUGUGUUUCGGUUUGAAGGGUGGGAUAUGGCGUAAAUUUACAGGGUACAGAGGGAUAACACCCGAGUCGUCAGGAAUGGCAACGCAUGGGGGGUAUCAUGGGCGAAACAGUAUACUCUGUUAUAUCCAUGGUACUGCUCAUGUCUAUAGGCGACGGUUACCACUUUCCAUCAGGUGGGCCGUCAGCUCGUUUGCCAUUCUAAGUUGUAUAAAAAAGAAAAAAGAUUCAGAUAUUUUAGUCACAAAAUUAUAUUGUAGUUAAAUAAAUUUUGUUCUUUAAUAAUUGAAACAAGUUAUGUGGAAAACAGCCAACUUUUGUGGAGGUCCCAAGUAAUGUGGAAGUUUUCUACACAAUUAGCCCCAGUGUAAUGUGACAAUUGAAUACUGAUAAGAAAUUGUUCAGACGUGCCAAAAAGUCCGGAUGUUCCGAAGAGAUGGCAACCCUGCUUAAAAGUUUUACUAAACUGAACUAAAAACUAGAACGCCUGUCUUGAUAUUUAUCUUUCUAAUAUAUUUAAUUGCGUUUCGGUUUAAUUUAUCAGAACUGAAUUAGUAUAUACUCAUGAUUAGAUCGUACUCGUGUUGGUCUAAUUAAUUGACUCAAGCUAACGAUGAGAAUUCGUCCAGCAAGCUAAAUUUUCAUAUAAUUUUGUCAGACAAAUAAUAAAUGUAAAUGCACGUUUGUUAUUUAGAAUUAGUUUGCUCUAAUUGAAUGUAAUGAUGUCUCUGUACAAUGAAAACCUCACGGAUCCCCCACUGUGAUAAAAUUAGAUACGUUAAUUUAAUAUUUCUAUAAGUGUUUUUUCAAUAUACGCUUAGCGUUUCUAUUUCUCGUUUUAGUCGUACGCAAAUUUAAUACUAUGUAUUUACAAGUUCUUUUUUUUUUAAAUAUAUUCUUUUACACAUUAUUCCUAUUUAUAUUUAUGAUUUAAACUUAUGAACUACCAUGAAUUAAAUCAAAUUUAAUAUAUUGAAAUAUAAAUUUUAAAUUAUUUGGUUUAUCAAAAAUCGUAUGUGUAUGUGUACAUACAAUGCAAUAAAAAAUUGUGUAACCAAUAUAGGCGUUAUUUACUUUUGUUUCGGUACAUAGAUAUAUGUAUAGCUAAAUUGUAACAGCUCCUACCAAAAACGUAUGUGAUAAGAUUUACUUUUAUUGUUGCAUUUUUGGUUGGCCGCUAGUUGUUUAGUACUGUUAAGCGCGUACUUCAAGGUGACAGCCAAAAUUUGUAAUACUUAAAUAAGGUAUUAAUAUAAUUAAUUUGCAAUAAGUUAGUUUUAAUAACUGAAUGUCUGGUACAUUCAAUGAUUUUGCUAACAUUUUCCACUUUUAAAUAGCGUGCAACGAAUCAAAAUCGUUUAUUUUAUCAAAUUAUCAAACAAUAACCCCGGCCCUGAACUAAUGAUAUUAAUAAGUACAAAUGCAUGGUUAUCGUGACAAUACUGACUCGAUCUAAUUUAGUUUCUGUAUAUCUAUUAUUAAUCUGUACAAUUUGGACUUUACAUGAAAUUUUCAAUAUUUUUUUUUUUUGUAAUAAUGUGACUAUUGAGGGGUUCGAACGUCGUAUGUAUAGUUUACAGCGUUAUUUAGCUCCUUACACUAAUGUUACGCUACGUUGGUAAACUGUUAAAUUAAAAACUACAGUUUCAGAGGUGCCAUGUUCCUAAAGCUAUCUCUUACUCCUAUGUACAUAUAAUACCGUUAAUGCGACAGCUUCACGAAAUAACUGUUUUAUGGACUAAAUUUAACUAAAUUUAUAAUAAUUUUGACUUAAAUAUAUUAAGGAUUUAGUUCGUAUCGGUCUUUAAAAUAACAAUUUAAAAUAUCAAUAUGAAAUUUUUAAAUUUAUUUAUUUAUUUAUACUUUAUUGUACACACUAGUACUACAUAACAAAUAUGACAGAGGUAAGCAUAUGUACAAAGCCGAGCUUAACUCUAAAAGAGUUCUCUUCCAGCAACACCCAAAGUGGAAAGCAGCAUGUUUAAAGAUGGGUCUAGAGACAUGGUGCCUCAGAAUCAACUUAAUGACUUUAUAAUAACAAAUAAUUAAUACCGCAAGGAGAAAGCAAACUGUCACAAUAAAACGUUUGUAAAAAGCUUAGAAACUAAAUUUAAUGAUUUUUCACAUCUCUUCCAUCUUACCUGCACCAUGGUAUAAGAAAUGGGAUAUAUUCUAAGACGCCGUUAAGUAAAACCUAUCUCUGAUUUUAAUUUGAUAUCACAGCUUAAUCUUUAUUCUAAAAAAAACUCACCCAUUCGUGUUUCAACCGUGAAGCAGUUGUGUUUGCAUGGCUGUGUUUCGGUUUGAAGGGUGGGCAUAUGGCGUGUAUUUACUGGGUACAGAGGAAUAACACCUGAGUCUUCAGGAAUGGCAACGCAUGGGGGGGUAUCAUGGGCGAAACAGUAUACUCUGUUAUGUGCAUGGUAUUGCUCAUGUCUAUAGGCAACGGUUACCACUCUCCAUCAGGUGGGCCGUCAGCUUGUUUGCUAUUCUAAGUUGUAUAAAAAAAACCAUUUUAGUAUUGAUUAUUAUUAUUAAUUAAUUAAUUCGUAUUGAUUUGUCAAAUAAUACUAACACGAAAUUUUAAAAUUAAUUUUAGAGAUAGGUAAAGGGAAUAGUGUCUCAAAAUUGACCUUAAUGAGCGAUAAUUUAUUGCCAUCAAUUCUAUGCUCGUCUUGCGAUCUCCAUGGUUUAAGGUUUUUUGAUUCGAGCACGUAGAUACUAACAGAAAAUAAAAUUAAAAAAGGUAAACACAGGUGAAUAGUUGUUUGUUAUUUUUACCUGUUUUGAUUUUGAACUUAUUAAAUUAUAAAAUAUUUACCAAUUUCCAAGUGAUUUGUUUAAAAAUAUUUACAUAUAAUAUAUAUAUAUAUAUAUAUAUAUAUAUAUAUAUAUAUAUAUAUAUAUAUAUAUAUAUAUAUAUAUAUUUUCAUCAUGUACUUUAUUUUUCAAAAUAUCAUACAAGCUGUAAUGGAAGCCUAAAAAUAUUUUUUAAGUCUUGUGAAUACUAUCUUUUCGUUUCCAUUGCAGCCUUGUUUUUUUUUAUUGCGUGUUUUAAUAAAGACGUUUAUCUAAACAGCUACAAGUCUAUUUUGACAGAUAACAAGGAUUUUUUUUACUUGAAAUACGAUUUUCAACUCGUGUCUGUAAUAAAUUCAAACAACUUUAAAAAGUUAGUAGUUGUCAAUUCCAUUACAUAUUUUUGUGUGUAUUAGUUGAUGGCUUUGCCGAUUAUGAUAUUCCUUUUAACGAAAAUUUUACAGCAAUUUUGAUUUUUAAUGAUUUUACUGCAUACAUAUGUAUAUAUAUUUAUUUUGUAAAAAAAUAUUCUUGUAUAAUAAAUAUUGCUUGAAGCAAUCGUCCGCCGGUGUCAGCGACCCAGUGUCAAUAACAACAAUACUAGUAAUUAGUGAUAACUUAUAUAAAUCAUCGAGAUGUAUACAAAAAAAAAAUAUAAAAUGUUGAAAUUUAAAUGUUUAUAGACUAAGUAUAAGAUAUAAAUAUAUGUAUAUUAAUGUUUAAAAACAUCCUAUAUUGUACAGUUGUGUUAUUGUAUUGUAUAGUUGUAACGAUCUCUUCUCUUACUACUUUUUAGUUGCGGUGCUGCAGUUUUUUUUUUUUUUUUUUUGUGAUUUCAAUAAGUAUGUCAAUUAUGAGUGGUUCUUGAUUCUGGAAGCAUUUUGUAUAUUGUAUUUUUUUUUUCUUAAUGUUAUGCUGGAUUUACACGCUCGGUUUAUUAUGACAAGCGGACACAAACGUGUAGAACGUAAACAAUAGCGACAUUGAUUUUUUUUUCAUUGUCGUUAUAUAAAAAAAAAAUAUUAGAUUUGACAUUUGUUUGAGCACAUAGCUAGUUUUAAACUUUCACGUUGUUUACACAUAUUUUUAAUUUACGAUCCGGAACUUAACGCGACGCGAUUAUAGGUAACUGUAUACAUACAAGAAUUUUAUUGGCGACGUUCAGUCCUGCCAUAACCGACAUGGUGUAAUCUACGUAGAAUGGUCUGCAAUAAAAAUCAGGUAUGUACAUAUUAUUCUUUGAAAAAAAUGAAAGGGAAUAAGAAAUGUGACAUAGAUUUUAAAUAGUAUAUUAAAUAAUUAUUAAUAAUAAUAGCAUAAUAAUAUAUGUUAUAUUUGUAGUGAAAUAAUUUUGUUUCAACCGAACUUUAACAAACUAGUAGGUCAGUAACGCAGAGAUAAAGAAGAGCAAUAUUGUUAUUGGACAAAGACUGCUUACCUUUAAUCACACCGCGUUUAAUCUUGAUGGUGAAUUAAAAAAACAUAUAAAUUCAUAUUAUAGGUACAGUAGCUUGUCAGUAAUUUACUACUCUUCGCCGUUGGUUUUUAGGGAUGCUGAUCGUAUGUUUAGUUUUAUCGCCGAUCCGAUUUACAUUGGGAUUAAAAAAAAAAACAAAUUUUAUUAUCAAUAUUUUGAUAUCACGGCGAAAUCUUUAAUGUAAGGUCGAAUAUGAACUAAUUUUCCAAUAGAUUUUUUUUUUAGUUUGUAAUCGUCCAUAAAACAGUAAUUUAACGAAAUUUGCAGAAUUCAUCCUAUUAUCUGUCUGUAUGUAAACCAAAUUUGCGACAAGCACUUGCAAUGCUUCUACACGUUUGUGCGUGGCAAAAGAUUCUUGUAGCAAGCGUGUAAACCUAGCAUAACCAUAUUCAUUCCAUAAUGUGUAAAUGAUCUGAAUACAUUAAUUAAUUUGUAUGUAAUAGUGGGGUGGCUGUCAUAAAUUCCUAUUAGUGGUAGUUACGGUGCAUUUGCAUGACCUUGCCAAACGUAGUUCGGCGUGAGUGCACAAACAAUUCCUUAGUUGUACUAAGUGAUUUACUUUGCUAGACAAAUCUAUCAGCAGUAUUGAAUAAAUAUUUUAAUGAAA